GUAUGCCUGUUGUGGGCGCUUUGCCCGAAUCCAACAUGGCCGCCUGACGCCUCUAGUACGGUCAGGUGACCUGAGCCGCCUCGCUGUUACGUGCCCCCUGUGUGAGGCGGGCACGUGGCUGACGGGCUGUAGCUGGUAAGUUCAGGCGGCUGCGGAGGCAGCUUUGAUCGCUGAUAACAGACUAUUGUGUAUUUCAUGUCCAGCAUGGCUGAGAAGAGGAGCACAGGUGGACAGUCACUCCUGCUGUUACUGAUCAUUGCUGUGGCCUUUGCACAUUUAACUGUCUGUCCAUUUACAAAAGUGGAGGAGAGUUUCAACCUCCAAGCCAUCCAUGACAUUGUGUACCACAGACUGGACUUGGAGAAGUACGACCAUCAUGAAUUUCCUGGAGUUGUUCCAAGAACGUUUCUUGGACCAGUCUUUAUUGCUGUGCUUUCCAGCCCAGCUAUAUUUGUGCUGUCUAGGUUGCAGAUGUCCAAGUUUUACUCCCAACUGAUAGUCCGAGGAAGUUUGGGGCUUAGUGUGAUUUACGCACUAUGGAAAUUAAAGAAAGAAGUUAGAAAGCAGUUUGGAUCAACUGUAUCGACGAUCUUCUGUCUAAUAACUGUUACUCAGUUUCAUCUAAUGUUUUAUUGCACUCGAACACUUCCCAAUAUGUUCGCACUUCCUGUUGUUCUCUUGGCACUUACAUCUUGGAUACAGCAAAAGCACGGACCAUUUAUUUGGUUCUCAGCACUGGCAAUUAUUGUCUUUAGAUCAGAGCUCUGUAUCUUCUUAGGCCUGAUGCUUCUGGUGACAUUACUAAGUAAAAGAAUCUCCAUUUUAAAGAUGCUUUCCCAUGCUGUUGCUGCUGGCGUUGUUUGGUUGGGUUUAACAGUUGCUGUGGAUUCUGUGUUUUGGAGGCAGCUUCUAUGGCCGGAGGGGAAAGUGCUUUGGUAUAAUAUAGUUUUAAAUAAAAGUUCAAACUGGGGAACUUCUCCCUUCUUGUGGUAUUUCUAUUCAGCCCUGCCUCGUGCUUUAGGAUGCAGCAUUAUAUUUGUGCCUCUAGGAGCAGCAGACAAAAGGACUCGGGUAUUAAUUCUACCAACGUUGGGUUUUAUUUUUUUGUAUUCCUUUCUCCCACAUAAAGAGCUGCGGUUUAUCAUAUACACUUUCCCCGUCUUCAACAUAGUGGCUGCCAAAGGCUGCACACGAAUUUUGCAUAACUACAAAAAAUCCUGGCUAUAUAAACUAGGAUCGCUGUCGGUUAUGACACAUCUCCUUAUUAAUGCUGCUUAUUCAGGAACAUCAUUAUAUGUUUCACAUUUCAACUACCCUGGAGGAGUUGCAAUACAGAAAUUACAUGAGCUGGUGCCUUCAACAGCAAAUGUCUCUGUCCAUAUUGAUGUGGCUGCUGCACAGACUGGAAUUUCUCGAUUUUUGGAAGUCAACUCAAAUUGGAGGUAUGACAAAAGGGAAGAUGUUAAACCUGGGGACCAGCUGAUGUUGUCUUAUACACACAUUCUAAUGGAAAUGGAUCCCAUUCAAAUAUCUCAUUACAAGACGACCCAUCGGCCACUUGCACAUGUAUCAGGCAUCAGUAAAAUUGGGUUGAACCUUACCACACUACCUCCUUUUACUUUAAACUUAAAACCAAAAUUAAUACUGUUGGAAAAGUUUACUAGCUCUUCUUGACAUAACUUCAUUAAUGGCUUGAUAAUCUCCACAAUUGCAGUUUGCCUUUCUAACAAUGCAAUUCAGCAGCUGUGGAAAAAUACAAUCUUUGUAUUGAUUAAUUUAUUUACCUAAACCUCUGCUUUUUACAUAAAUUACAGAAAGCUUUCCAGCAUUAUGUAAAUCCAGUCUACAUCAUGAUUGAGCUGUAUGUUGUAUGGAUCUUCUUUGAAAUAUUUUCAAGGUCAGCAUUAUUAAAUAAAUUGAUUAGUUUGGGCCUGUUCACCAAUGCAAUAUAUACGUUUUUAAAUGCCUGGUAUGAAAGAUAUAAUAGAGCAGGCGUAUGCUAUUCUAUGGUAUUUAAUCUUUGGGCAUUACAGAUAUACUGCUUGAUGGUUUUACUGUACAAAUUGCUAUGUUUUCCACUAAACUGCUAUGUGAAACUUUACUAAUCUCAUUUUGUAUUAUAGUAAAGCUGCAUUCAUUGGAGCUUUGUCACUAUACAUAAUUGUGCCUUGUAAGCUGUUAAAUAAAGGUACAAGAAUCCAUUUGAAGAACAAUUGUACCUUUUGGCGAGCACCACCCUGAGCUAGAGUUGGAUAUUAAAAGAGGGUUCAUCACAUUCUUACACUGAACAUGGAGAAAGGACAACUUAAAUUUCAGAGACACAUAUUUGGGAUUUUGUUUAA